GUGGACACGCACGGUUACUGUUGAUCAUUUCGUGGUGAUUGUGUGCGUGGUCCCAAUGGCAACACAAUACAAUGUGCAACUUUUAAUAUUCUGUAUACUUUGCGAGUAAUUUAAUAACACAACCUAUAUGUUGAAACAAAUUUAUUGCUGUAGCUUCGGAAUCCGUUGUGACAUUCCUACAUGAUGAUACAGUUCAACAGGAUUUUCAGACUGUGAAAGCAGUUCGGUUGCCUCACCUGCGGUGUAGCUGGAGCAGCAGUUUAAGUGAGCUCACAGCUGUCAACCGCUGUAAUCAAGUCUUGAUGCGCGUUUAUCAUUCACCGUCCUUGCCAUUGCCCUCUUGUAAGUUGACCGGUAGUCUUUUUUUGAGGAGACAAAUUAUUAUGGACCGUUUGUUUGCACCGUAGCCAGCAAGCGUAAUAGGCGACUUAACAGUAUGGCAAAAAAGAGUUUGUUAUCAAAAAAGUCUCUCAAGAGUAUGUUUUCUAAGAGCGAUGCAAACUUGGAGUCUGCAGAUACGCGUAUUUUUGAAGAAACUGUUGACGUGGAGAAAAAGAAAACUGUGUCUACUAUUAAGGAUUUCAAAGCAUUUUUUUCUAAAAGUGAUACCAAGCUCAAUGAAUCUGCCGAGUUUGAGGAUCGAUACGGCGGAGGAAAAACUUCCAAGUUCAAGAAAAAGACAAAGAACGACAAAUCAGUCAAAGUAGGCCUACAUAAAAACGAUAUCAGUGGUGCUGAGGCUCAGAGUCUGGGCGAGGCCAGGGUCCAAGACAUACCGCCCAGCGUCAGUAGGCAAGACAAGAAGACCUCCCACUUCGCCACCGCCCCCAGGUCAAAGGUUGAAGACCUCAGUGUCUCCGAGCUGGACCACCAUAAGCAUAGAAAGUUUGGCACCUUCACCUUUGGACUGUUGAAGAGGAAGAAGAAGAGAAGGGGACUAUCCCAAAGCACCACAGAGCUUCAUGGUCCAGAGGUCAAAGGUCAAGAAGAAGACGAAGAGGAGGAGGAACCUCUGGAUGUAGACACCCGCACAUUUUCCAGUACCGUCAAUCCGUUACCACUUGACAACCAAUCACUGCCUAUGGACUUCCUGAGGGAUAGUCCAGACAUGCGCACAGUGGACAAAAUGAUGCGAAAAGCACCAAUAGCCACCAUGCCUGAGUUUGACGGGGAGGAGCCUAUUGACGUUCAGAGAGAUGUUUCUGACGAUGACACAGACACAGACACAGACUGUAUCAAUAUGGAAGCCAAAGGUCCUUUUUAUUUAACGCCUCCCAACAUCCCACCCAGCCUGACUCUAACUGCAGUUGGUGCAACAGAGAAAGGAGUGGCUUUCUCAGUCCCCCCUCUUAACAGCCCAGCCCUUGUGAUUUGUGACAUCCCGCUGAAAGAUGCUCAGCCAGGACCUGUCCACUUAGUUACUGAAGCCUCUAGUGCUGCCUUCCCCAUUGGUCAACCUGAGACUGCCGCCUUAUUCUCAACCAAUGACCACUCCGUCCCUGAUACUGUCACCUCCCUGUCUGCCAAAGUUAUCUCUGUUCCUGAAACUCCCCCUUCCAUCUCCACCAAUUUCAUCUCUGUUCCUGAAACUCUCACCUCCACAUCCACAAAUUAUAGCUCUGUCCCUGAAACUCUCCCUUCCAUCUCCACCAUGGAUGUCUGUGUCCCUAAAACUCUCCCUUCCAUCUCCUGCAGAGAGGCUGAUGGGGUCAAGGGAAAGAGGAACGACAGAAGAAUGGUCCCAAAUUGA